AUGGCUGGCGCACGCGAUACCCACGCGCCUGCCGCGGGUCAAGACGGCAUCGAUCAAGCGCCAUCGUCAGCCUUUUUCUCACAAGCCAGCACACCAACACCGCAAACAUAUACCAGCCUGGACGCCAACACUGAGAUUGCCCAUCUCUACCUCACCUUUGAAACCCCCCUCCCAAGCCCCAACACCACCACCCGCCACUCCUCCUUCAACAGCCCACUCCCACAUAGCAACGACAACAACAACAACAACAACAACAACAACAACAACAACAACAAGAACAAGAACAAGAAGCGGAACAAGAAGGACAACGAUGAUAGCAACCCGCCCCGACCCCCCGAUCUCACACGAUACGCCAACCCCCAAACCUGGCCCACCUCGCGCAAAUACGUCAUGCUCGCCCUCUCCUGCGUCGCCACCUGGCUGACCGCCUACACGGCAGGCUCCUACUCGCCACCCCAGAACCUCAUCCAAGACGCCCUCGCGGGCCACCCGUCCGACGAAGCCGUGCUGGCCGGGAUAACGACCUUCUGCAUGGGCUUCGCGCUGGCACCGAUGGUGCUCGCGCCGCUGUCCGAGAUGAACGGCCGCUACCCCGUGUUUGUGGUGGCGGGGGUGGUGUACGUGGUGUUUCAGGCGGUGUGUGGCGUGGUGGAGGAUCUGGCGGGGAUGUUGGUGGCGCGGUUUUUGGUGGGCGUUGGCGCGUCGGUGUUUAGCACGAUGGUGGGGGGUGUUAUUGCGGAUAUGUGGGAUGCGAAGGGGCGGAAUACGCCCAUGGCGGUGUUUAGCGGGAGCGUGUUGGCUGGGACGGGGGCCGGGCCGUUGGUGGGUGCUGUUAUGGCGGAGAGGUUGGCUGAUGCCGGGAGGUGGAAGUGGGUCUUUUGGCAUCAGGUGAUUAUGUGUGGUGUGACAAUUUUGUUGGUGGUGGUGUUUUUCCAGGAGAGCCGCGGGUCGGUGUUGUUGUCGAGGAAGGCGAAGGCGUUGAAUAAGUGGUACGAGGAGCUGGAAGCCGAGGGGUAUUUUGGGGUGUGGCAGGUCGAGGGUGGGAGUAUGUGUGAUGGCUCAGUCGUGGAGGAUGGCAGGGACGAGGAAAAGGGAUCGAUGGCGGAUCAUCCGCAGCCGACAGCCACGUUGAGACGGAUCCGGUGGAUGGUUAAGGAGGACGAGGAACGGGCAUCACUCGGCAAGAUGAUAGCCACUUCGAUCUCGCGGCCAUUCCACUUCCUCUUUACGGAGCCUGUCGUCUUCUUCUUUUCGCUCUGGGUGGCUUUUGCGUGGGGCAUCCUCUACCUCACAUUCGGCUCCAUCCCGCUGGUAUUCCAGCGUGUCUACGACUUCACCCUCGCGGAGUCGGGCUACGUAUUUGUGUCGCUGAUCAUCGGCGCCAUCUUCGCCACUGCGAUCGGCCUCUGGCAGGAUCGCAUCCUUUACCACCCAAAAUGGGCGGCUGAUCCUUCUCUCGAUCCUGGCGCCAACGGCGACAGCUCUGAUGACUCGGCUAGCAAGAACCGAUCUGCGACCGGCUCCGACCGCGUAUGGGCUUUCCUCCGCCGGCGCUUUCCGGCCUCCGCUCCCGAGUCCCGCCUCUACUUCACCUGCUUGACCAGCACGUUCUUGCCAAUUGGCUUGUUCAUCUUUGGUUUCGCCGCACGCCCCGGAUCGCAUUGGAUUGGCCCCGCAAUUGGUGUUGUGCUAGCAACGAUGGGCAUCCUCUCCAUUUACCUGGCCGUCUUCAACUACUUCGCGGAUACCUACCACAAGUACGCCUCGUCAGCACUCGCAGCCCAGUCGUUUUGUCGAAACGUUCUUGGUGGCGCGUUCCCACUGGUGACGGGGCCGUUGUUUCGAAACUUGGGGGAGGCUGGGGCGGGGGGGUUGUUGGGGGGUAUCGCGGCUGUGUUGACGAUUGUGCCGUGGGUAUUGGUGUUCUUUGGGGAGAGGAUCAGGGCGAGGAGUCCAUUUGCUAGUGAACUCGGAUCGGGGUGA